AUGUCACCUUUUGGUUCGCCUCUAUCCAUUGAUGAAUCCACCAGUUUAUCGGGUGCGACCAUAUUACAAGAGGUGAAGUCUCAGCCUCAUAACUACGUCAUCGAUGCUCUUUUUGAUGAUCCUUGGACAAAUGCUUUCAGGCAAGCUUUAAUUCCUUAUGGUUAUGUCAAAGUAAGGACGGUUAGGCUCGUAGGAUUAGUGCUGUCAGUGUUCUGUUUGAGAAAACAUGUUGUUCAUUUGCGUGACAUGGAAAGCCGUGUGACUAGGACUGGCCUCAUGGGCUUUUGGGUUUAUGGGUGUUCAUUGUGCUUUGUCAAUAGCCAUUUCGCUGCCCAUGACCACUUACUCAAAGAGAGGAUUUCCGACUAUAACACUAUCCUUAACUCUCAAGGAUUCAGCUUUUCUGAGACAACUUCUAUCUUAUUCCAUGACUAUGUCUUCUGGUUCGGAGACUUCAACUUUAGGCUGAACAGUUCGGAUAGCCUCAAGUCACCGAACAUCGAUCAGCAAGUGAAAACUGGAAAUUUGUCAUCGCUGCUGGAACAGGAUCAGCUGAAAGCUGUUAUGGUCUCAGGAGAAGCUUUUAGUGAGCUAAAGGAGUCCGACAUCAACUUCCCUCCAACUUACAAAUACAAAUUCCAAUCCAACGAUUACGAUCUUGGGCGACGGCCUGCAUGGACUGACAGGAUACUGUAUAAAGUUAAUGCCAAUGUUUAUGAAAAUAUUACACUCGAAGCUGAGCAAGAAAGCUAUUCCUCGAUUCAAAAUUUCUCUGUCAGUGAUCAUAAGCCCGUUGUCGCCCUAUUCUCUGUUAAGGUUUUCUGUAACUAUGCAGAGAGAGUAGUCAAAUUCUUGCCUAUCCAGAGCUGGUAUACAAAUCAAGAGAAUGUUGCCCAUUGCAUCAUGGGAUCAGAUGUUACACCUAGCCCUUACGACUGGGUUGGCAUCUAUAGGGACGACUUUACCAGCUUGGACGAGUAUUACGGAUUCAUCUAUGUGAUGAGAAACAAUGGAGAUAGCGGAGGAAACGGUAUCCCAGGAUUGCAGAUACACUGUAGCGUGCUUGGAAUGAGCUCCAGCUUCGAGCUGAAGGUUAGAGAUCGUGAGGCUAGCGCUCACCUGGAUUGGUGACCUUCAUCUCACACCCCCGAACCUCGGUCCUAGUCAUGACCUCGGGCGGUGUGCUCUACGCUCUUAUCCUUUAUUAUUAUUCCAGGUUUGGCUCUACUGUUUAUCUAUAAUAGCUGCUAUUAUCUUUCUUUACAAAUGGGGAAAAAGACUUUCUUGUACUUGUAAUGUACAAAUAUUGAGCUUCUAUUUACCGUUGACUGCGGAAUUUGUAUCGGCUGUAUAUAUUUUAUUAUCGUCUAGUAUGGAAUAAUAAUCUCUAGAGUUUUGUUAUCACUACUGUGCAAUACUUUUUGUCGUUUUAGUGAUGGGUCCUUUAAAUUAGAUUUAGGUAUUGCAUUAUCGGUUUUUUUUUUAAAUUAUAAAUCGCGGGGUUUAAGGAUUAUAGUUUUAGUAUUAUAGCCAUGACAUAAACUGCAAUAAUGACUGUAGAAACAUCACUGUGGUCAGUAAAUUAGGAAAAAAUUAUUAUCAUUAUUUGUAUGACUUGAAUUUAACCUUCAUGUAUCAUUAAAUUGUUGACUUUUUAAUUCCAUAUUAUAAAUGGAAAACCAGGAAAAUUCAAAGAAUUUCAUUAUUUUGAAAAAAUCAAAGAUUUUUAUCGAACUUGUCAGAAAAUACUGUUUAUAAUCUGAAUUUGGCAAAUUUGCUGACAAAUCAUCAGAUGUUUUCCAGGCUUUAGUUUUUCUCAUUCUCAACUGGCUGAGUGUCAUGAUAAUUGACUGUGAUGCUAUGCUCUGAGUCUUAGGUCUGAGUGAGUUCAACUGUGGUAGGCAAUUAUUUAUUCUGACGCUGGGGUCAGAAGAUCCUCCUUGGGCACAUUCAGCCUCUUGAAAGUGGGUACUCUUAAUUAAAUAAUUAAUAACGAAGAAAACCUGGUGGUGAGUGUGAUUUUGAUCCAAUCAACUCCCUGCAUAAAUGUUGGCUUUAAAACAGUACUUUACAAAGUGCUCAGCCAUGAGUUGUAGUGGUACAAGUUUAUACAUAUAUAUAUAUAUAUAUAUAUAUAUAUAUAUAUAUAUAUAUAUAUAUAUAUAUAUAUAUAUAUAUAUAUAUAUAUAUAUAUGCCAUAUCUUCAUUAAGUCUUCAUCAAAUACAACGAUUGAGCACUUAUUUUGAAGAUUUUCUUCAAUAGUCACU